AAAAGCCAAGCGGGCCGCUCCUCUGGAAAGGCUUUAUCAAAGCAAAUUCCACAAGUACCCUUUGAGGAUAACCCUAAUUCCGGAGAAAGCCAUUUGUUUUGUCGUCACCCUGUCUUAAUCGAAUCUCUGUUAUACGUACUAGUUAACGAUACGUAAACUAACGCCGUCAGGAAAAAACCUCGAUUACCGUUUCGGAUUCUUCAUCGUUUUUUUAAUUCAGUUUCCCUCCAUCUUCUGAGAAGAUUCUUCUCGAUACUCGUUCCUCCGGAAGAAUCACUCUGCUUAUGCUUGCCUUGUUUAAUACUGGGAGAUGAAGAAGCUUUUCUUUUUCAAAUCGUCAUCUGGUAAUGGCAAUGAUAAACAAAAUCGCCGGGGAAAAGAAUCAGAAGCUACUCCAAAGGGUGUUGCCAUAAAGUCUCAGAGUGGUCAGGCUCUUGGAAGAAGUCAUUCGUUUUCUUCCGCAGCUUUUCUCCUUGAUGGAACUUCCUCAAAUGAUCCAACCACUACAAGACAAAGAAACCACCAAUCAUCUCGUUUCAGAUGUUUUACGCCAGAGAGCCAAUGCAAAAAACCAGACCAAACUCACAAGUACAAAGUACAUGACUCAUCUGGAACAUUAUCAACAUGUUCUAGUAACGUCUCAAGCCAAGUCUUGGACCGUUUCAUAGAUGGGGAAGAGCAUCAUCAUCAUCAUAAGCAAAAGAGCGGUUCUUCACUAAGCAACCUCUCAGGUAGCACCAUCAAAGCAAAGAAGCUUCCUCCUCGAUCUCAAAUCCAUUCACCAACAGUAUCAGACAUUGUCAAAGAGAGACGACACUCCGAUAACAACCAUAUAAACGACGCAUCGGCACGGUCCCUCGCAAGAAGCGUCAUGGAAAGACUCUCCCACACUCAAGGCAAGUCAAAGGCCCUGAGCUACGGGUCACAAGACUUGGACGUUUUCGCCAAUCUCCUCCCACUGGCUGAACACAUAAAGAACGGUUAUUACAAGGAUGACCACGUGGAGGAGGAGGUGUUCUCGCACGGUAAGAACACCGAGCUAGAGAAGAAGUAUAAAGAAGCUGAGAAGAGAGUGAAGAUGCUUUCUCAAGAACUAAACGAGGAGAAGUGUGACUUUGAGGAGAGAGUAGGCUUAGCGUUCGAAGUCUUGAGCCUCUUGAGGUCACAGAUAGACGAGAGAGCUUUAGCUAAAGAAGAGAUCAAACGUGUAAAGACCGAUGCAGAGUUGCAUAUAAAGAGACUAGAGAAAGAGAAGAGCGAGUUAGAGUUUGGUCUUGAGAAAGAAAUUGAUAGAAGAUCGAUAGAGUGGAGUUCAAAGCUAGAGAGCUUUCAGACAGAGGAGAAGAGGCUGAGAGAGCGCGUGAGAGAGCUCGCCGAGCACAACGUCUCGCUCCAGAGAGAAGUAGCGACGUUUCACGAGAAGGAAACCGAGCGGAUGGAUAUGAUAAGAGAGAUGGACGAGAAGGUUAACGAGCUGAGUGAAAGAGAAGAGCAGACAAGACAAGAGAGUGUGUAUUUAAUGCAAAACCUCUCCGAGUUGCAAGAGAGUUACGGUGAAGCGAGAGAGGAUCUUGAUUGUGUGAGAAGAAUGUUUGAAGAGAAAGACAAGGAGUGUAAAGAGCUGAACAAGUCUGUAACGAGGCUUGUGAGAACGUGCAGAGAGCAGGAGAAGACUAUUCAAGGACUUAGAGAUGGUUUCUCCGAGAAGCAACCGUUGGAGAAGUUUCAGACAGAACAGAUAAGAUUGGCAGGUGUUGAGUACUCACUUAGAAAAGAGUUGGAAUCGAUGAAGCUUGAAGGUGAGACUCUUCGUAUAGAGAAUACUUGUCUGCGGAGUCGAGUAAAAGACCAAGAAGAGGGUGAAGCUAUGACGACUUUGAAGCUAGAUAACGAGAUGAAGAUGCGUGUGUGUCUCUUGCAAGACCAAGGAGUGUCAAUGUUGAAUGAGAGCAUGCAGGUGUGUUACAAGCUAUUGAAGUUCAUCAAAGAGAAGUUAUCUCAGGACAUGCGUGAUGGAAUGAGUGAGCAGUUUUUGAUUGAAUGUGAGAUGAAUGUCCAUGGGAUAAGGCGAGGAACUGAAGAUUUGAAGAGAAGUUUGCAGACAGUCACCAGCUUACUACUUGAGAAAGGCAAUGAGAUUGCAUCAAACUCAGAGUCACCUGCUAGGCCUAGUGAGCCAAGAAACCAAUCUGUGGAGAAACUUCUGAGAGCUGAGCUCAGAGCAGAGAGUCUAAUCACGAAUUUGUUAAGAGAGAAACUGUACUCCAAGGAACAAGAGAUCCAGCAGCUUCAUGCAGAAGUAGCCACAGGAGUAAGGGGUAACGAAGUUCUAAGACGUGAAAUCCAAAACGUCUUAGACAACCUUUCAGUAAACACCCACCAAUUAAAAGACCUCAAGCUUCAGAUGGUGAAGAAGGAUGAGAAUGUCAACAGGCUUGAAACCAAUCUACAAGAAGCUGCAAAACAGUUUGCUAGUAUGAAAGUUAACUUACCAAGAGUGAUGGAGGAAAGAGAGCAGAUGUGUAAGGAAGUGAACGAGUGCAGAAAGAGGAACAUGGAGUUGGAGUCAGAGAAGGAUGUGUUGAAGAAGGAGGUUGAGAGGUUGGAAGAGGAGACACUUUACAAGGAAGGUCAGAUCACGAUACUUAAAGACACUCUUGGAAGCAAGCAUUUCGAUCUUCUGUCUGGUACUGACUUCUCGUAUAACGAUUUCUUAGUGCAAUAAGACUAUAGAAUAAAAAUGUACAGGCGUAUGCUUCUCCUCGUGCUCUUGUUUCUGUCUUUAGGUGUUGUAGGUUUGAUAGAUGUUGUUCUGUCUUUUAGUCUCUUUUUAGAUAUGUUUUUUUCACAAAGUUUCUGAUUUGUACUUGGAUGGCUAAAUAAAAUUCACCAUUUAUGAACGAACAAAAGUUGUUUGGUAA